GAUGCCAAUCUCAAUAAUUUUGAUUGUCAAACUGUCAAAAAUUUUAUAUACUCUUACUCUAAUAUCUGACAAAUGCAUUUUAGGUAAAAAAAAAUGGAUUUUCGCAUUAUUUAACCAAUAAAGUUACGAAUAAUACACAAUAGUUUUGCCCUAUUCCGUCACCCUGGUAGUAACUAGUACCCUGCAAGAUGUAUCAUGGGAAUUGUGUUUUCCUUGUCCAAAUAAUUUUUUUAACAUGCUUGUCGCCAAGUUACCAAUUCUACGUGCCAGGAAUGGCUCCAACAGAUUUCAAAAAAGGAGACCCGAUAGAAGUAAAAGCUGUGAAGAUGACUAGUAUCAACACCCUUUUGCCCUACGAAUAUUACUCCUUGCCCUUUUGCCUGCCGAAAGGGGGAUCUGACGCAAUCCAUUAUAAAUCGGAGAAUUUAGGAGAAGUGUUAAGGGGUGAUAGAAUCGUGAACACUCCUUACAUUGUGAAAAUGGCCGAACAAAGUCCCUGCGCUCUGUUGUGUAAUUCACCCGACAAGCCCAUACAUUGGGGUGUUAGCGAGUCCCAAAAUGUUGUAGACAGGAUACAGCACGAGUACUUUGUUCAUUUGUUAGUAGACAAUCUGCCUGCAGCAACACAAACCAUCAACUCAGACUCCAGUGAAAUCCAAUUUGAGCAUGGUUACCGAUUAGGAAAUACAGUCGGUGACAGAAGUUUCAUAAACAAUCACUUGAAACUAACGUUGCUUUAUCACACUCCAGAACCAAACAUAUAUCGGGUGGUAGGUUUCCGAGCAACUGCAAAAUCUGUCCACAUGGAUGAAUUGAAAUUUGAUGGAAAAACAUGCUCAUUUCCAUCCAAACCCAGACCACAGGUGGUUGAUCCCGUUUCAGGCACCAAAUUAUUCUUUACCUAUGAAGUGGAAUGGGAAGAGUCUUCGGUCAGUUGGGCAUCAAGAUGGGACACCUAUUUAGCCAUGAGCGAUGCUCAGAUACAUUGGUUUUCAAUUAUAAACUCCAUUGUGGUGAUUUUUUUCUUAGCAGGUAUUUUAACUAUGAUAAUGGUGAGGACUUUGAGACGGGACAUAGCUAAAUAUAACGCAGAUGAAAGUUAUGACGAAGCUAUUGAAGAAACUGGGUGGAAACUAGUGCAUGGAGAUGUUUUUAGACCACCAAAAAACUCUAGGUUAUUUGCUGCUCUGAUAGGAUCUGGAAUUCAGAUUUUCCUGAUGUCAUUGAUAACUAUUUUUUUCGCUAUGUUGGGUAUGCUGUCUCCAGCAUCUAGAGGAGCUCUCACAACUGCAGCUAUCACCUUUUAUAUGAUUCAUGGGGCAGUAGCAGGGUAUUUGUCGGCCCGUCUCUAUAAAACUAUGAAAGUGCCUCGUGAUUUCAGUACCCUGAUGGCAGGCAUUCUACCCUUCGGAGCAGUAUUCAUCGAGCUCUUCUUCAUAUUCACCGCCAUAUGGGAGAAUCAGUUCUACUACUUAUUCGGCUUUCUCUUUCUGGUAUUUGUCAUUCUGGUGAUAUCGUGCUCACAAAUCUCCAUCGUCAUGGUUUACUUCCAAUUGUGCGGAGAGGACUACCACUGGUGGUGGAGGAGCUUUAUAGUGUCAGGGGGCAGCGCCCUCUAUAUUCUUGGAUACUCAGUUUUCUACUUCAUGACAAAACUUGAAAUUACCGAAUUCAUCCCAACGUUGUUGUACAUCGGCUAUACGGGCCUGAUGGUGUUCACUUUCUGGUUGUUGACGGGAACCAUUGGAUUCUUUGCAGCAUAUGCAUUUGUUCGCAAAAUCUAUGCAGCUGUUAAAAUCGACUAGGUUAUUUUUGAGUAUCUAAGUUAAUGUAUGGGUGAGAUGAAGGACAAAGAUUACUUUUGAUCAUUUUCAGCAACGAAUCGACUUGUGUGAGUUUUGUGAAUGUUUCUUUUGGAGUUGUUUGGAUUCCGGGUGAUUGGAAUGCACAGGGUGACCUGUGGAGUGAACGAAACUCUCGUUGACUUAAUUUAUUUAUCAGCUUUAGUUUUGCUAGAGUGCACAUUUGUUUUUCAAGAGAGCAGACAUAUAUAUGGUGUUUCUUUAGUUAAUUUUGACCAUUGAGAAAAUUAGGAUCGAAGAUUUAUUAGAAAGAUUGGGAAACUAUAAAUUUCAUUUUUGUGUGUAUUAAUUAUUCUACAACGUUUAAAACGAUCGCAAAUAUUUGUACAAAAAUACUUAAAACUCUCUUGAACAUUUUUAUUCCCCUUUCAACUAAAAUACCGUGAUUUUGAAUACAAAUUUAAAAAUGUUAUUUUUAUAGUUGCUUGUUACUGUUUUUUGCCAAACUGAUUAAGUGAAUCUUUUUGAUUUUAAUUUAUUAAGUGCAUGUUUUAUUGACUUUAAUUCUUUUAUAGGUCUAUUGAAAAUAUAUAAUUCACUAUUACCACUGUACAUAUUUAUGAAAGUAAAGUAAUAAAUUCCUUUGUAAUUA